GUCAGACACAACUCUUAUUCGACUAACAGCUACAAGUGGCAACAAGUAUUUGGAAGUUUUACACUAGAGCAACAUUGAGGACAUUUAAAGCUUGACUUCAAAUUGUCUACUGCAGCAAUGGCACCGAUUUUACUUAACUGUAUGGGGAAUGACCACGAGUAUAUCAAACAACAGGUCCAAGUGAAAAAUCCCUACUUGGACACCAUGGAAGAGGACAUUCUCUACCACUUCAGCUUGAGCACCAAGACUCACAACCUUCCUGAAAUGUUUGGAGAUAUUAAGUUUGUGUGUGUAGGUGGGAGUGCAAAUCGCAUGAAGGCUUUUGCCCAGUUCAUCCACCAGGAGCUGAAACUACCUGGAAACCCAGAGGAAAUCAGAGAUAUCUGUGAGGGAACCGAUCGCUACUGCAUGUACAAAGUGGGACCAGUGCUGUCUAUAAGCCAUGGCAUGGGUGUGCCUUCUAUCUCCAUUAUGCUGCAUGAGCUCAUCAAACUGCUGCACCAUGCCCAGUGUCGUGAUGUGGUCCUCUUUCGCCUUGGAACAUCUGGUGGAGUCGGUCUGGCUCCUGGCACAGUGGUGAUUACAGAUAAAGCAGUGGAUUACUCUUUCCGCCCCCAGUUUGAGCAGGUGGUUCUGGGUAAAGUCAUCACCAGGAGUACUGAGCUGGAUGAGGGAGUGGCCAAUGAACUUCUGCAGUGCUCCUCUGAGCUUCAAAACUUUCCUUCAGUGAUUGGAAACACCAUGUGCACCCAUGACUUCUAUGAAGGUCAAGGUCGACUGGACGGGGCUCUCUGCUCCUUCUCUCAAGAAGAAAAACUGGAGUAUCUGAGGAAAGCUUACGAGGCUGGAGUGAGGAAUAUAGAAAUGGAGUCCACUGUGUUUGCUGCCAUGUGCCGUGUCUGUGGCCUCAAGGCGGCCGUGAUCUGUGUUACAUUGCUGAACCGCUUUGAGGGAGACCAGAUCACUUCCCCUCAUGAUGUUCUGGUGGAGUACCAGCAGAGACCUCAAGUCUUGGUGUCCCACUUUAUCAAGAAACGCCUGGGACAUAUUGUCUGAGACACCUACAUCUCCCAUCCCAACCUCAGCUUCCCUCAAAGAUUGUAUAUAGCUUAGACUGAUAUGUGGAUAUGUAUAUAUACUGUACUUGUUGUUAAUAUGUGUAUUAGACGUUUAUUUAAAAAGCUGUUAAGACUUGAAUGAUUUCUUUGAUGAAGCUAAAAUAUUAAGUAUGUUGCAUAUAUAUAUAUAUAUAUAUAUAUAUAUAUAUAUAUAUAUGUAUAGUGAUAUAUAUGUGUGUGUGUGUGUGUGUGUGUGUAAGUAUGUAUUGUAUCUUUUGAUAUUUAAUUUAACUCUGGUACUUAUGUAAGCCAACAGUAAUUUUCUAAAUAAUGUCUUCUGUAUGUUGAUUGUAAUAUUUGACUUCAAGAGCCAAAAAAAAAAAAAAACUGUUUUUCAACUUCUUGUAGUUAAUUUGGCAGUUUGUAAGCAUGAUAUCUGUAAAAACACGAAAAAAGUUCAACUUGCACCUGGGGUGAGGAACAACAAGUUCUGCAACAUAGACAAUAAUCAUUUUAACUAUAAAUCUGACAGAUCAAGAUACUAUUUCAAAUUCUAAGGGGAUGCUUGUAGGAUCAUGAAACUCACCUCACGUGAAUGUUUGGAUUAAAAAUCAAAACUGAGAAACUGUUGGCUAGUAGUGGAGGUUUGCAGCCACACAGUAGUGGCUAGUUUUAACAUUUUUCUUCUUAUAUGCUUUUUUGAUGAGAAGCACAAGUGAUUCCUCCCAUGUGACACAGGAACAUGAAGGGGAAUUUUCCAUAAUGUAAUUCAGUGAUGAAGGUGUUAUUGAAUGCUGCCAUACAAGCUCAUAUAUACAUACAAACGUCCUGAAAGUAACAUAAGCAAUGAUUAAAUAUUGAUAAAUGA